AUGGACUUCGAAUCACAGCUAUGCAUUAAAGUGGUGUUAUUAUUGUUGCCAUUCUUCAUUAUCGGAAUAAGAUUACUUUGGGUUUUACCGGCGGUCAAUUCACCGGCCAUGGGAUCUGAGAAGGAGAAAGGAUUAAGCCAAAUACCUUCAGAAUUAAGAGGGUCUAACAUAAUGAUCUUUUUAGGUUCAGGUGGACACACAGGGGAAAUGAUGCGUAUUUUGGCUAAUGUUGACUUGAAUAAUUUUAAUCGAACAUGGGUUACAUCAUCUGGUGAUUCGACUUCAAUUUUAAAAUGCAAGAAAUACGAAGAUGAAAGACUAACGAGUGGUCAAAAUAAACUGGACUAUCUUGUAUUACAUAGGGCGAGAACUGUUGGUGAAUCUAUAAUUCUGUCAGUUUUUAGUACAGUAAGGUCACUCAUUUCUACAAUUAAGCACCUCUAUGAAUUACCACAGUUUCCAUCUAUUCUUUUAUUGAAUGGACCAGGGACAUCUGUUCCACUAGCAUACAUAAUAUUUCUAUUGAAAUUCUUGGGUUUAUGCAAGACCAGGAUCAUCUAUAUUGAAAGUCUAGCGAGAGUUAAACAAUUGAGCGUAAGUGGUCUUUUAAUAUUGCCAAUUACUGAUAGGUUUAUUGUUCAAUGGAAACAGUUAGCCGUAAAAUAUAAAAGAGCCGAAUAUUAUGGUAUUUUAAUUUAA